CAUCUCUUUUUUUCCAAGCUGUGCAUGUGUGUGCUUGAAUGAUGUAAAGCAUCAUCAUGUGAUAGUGAGAAGCACUAUAUAUUUCUUAAGAAUAAAUUUCGAAGUUUGUAAAAAAAUUAUGUAUAUAUGCAGUAUAAGCUCACACAUCCAUUCUCUUUUUUGCACCAUUUUUGUGAAAACUUGUAACUUGAAAAUUGUAUAGGCUUUCAUCAUGUAAAACUGCAGUGGUUUCCCUUUGUUCUUGUUCACACUUGUGCACAAAUAUACACGUCUGCUUUUAUGUAUGCAUGCAAACUACAGCAAAAGCUUUGUUAUCUAGCACCCAUGGGAAAUGGGGGGUGCCAGAUAACAAAAUAUGCCAGUUAAUUGAGAGGCCCGAACAGAGGUCUUUGUCUGUUCAGGCCACCGGUUUUCCCGCCGUGUCCGGGGCAUCGCCACCCCUCCCGCCACAUCGCUGACCCUCCCGCAGGCCCCAAGGGACAGGGAGGCGGGCCCUGUGCAAGCCAUAGUGGGCACUUCUGGUUUUGCUUUUACCUUACAAGCUGGCAUGCCGAUUUAAUAGAGCGUGCCAGCUUGUAAGGUGCCAAUUAAGGAAGCUUUUACUGUAUCUUCUUCAUGUUCAAAUGCAUUGUUCCAGUCCUGCAGUCUGAUACAUGCACAUACAUGUCACGUACAGGUGUUAAGUUUCUACUGGGAGAAUUGCAGCUUUCCUGGUAGAAAUCACGAGCAUACAGAUAUUCACACCUGAAUAAAAAUUGCAGUUCCAGGAGAAAAAAAAAAUCCCCAACCUGGAGAACAAGUGCCAGUACACUUCCUUGCUACUCAACUCCUCCUGGAGACCAGGAGGGGUUGAGAAACAGGGCAAUGCUCCCCAUACCUUCCUGAGAAGGGGGUCACCCUGGUUUGGGAAAGGCAUGGGAAACAGUCGCUGUUUGCCUCUUACCUGUCCCAAGAAUAGUUGAGUGGUGGGGAAAGGCUCCCUUGUCUUCCAUAACCCUGGUCACCCCUCUGGAGAAGAUGUGGGGUGGGCAGCUGCUCUCACCCUUCAUAUAGUUAGGAUGGGGAAGAAAGGUACAGCCACUCUUUGCUCCCUGCCCACUCCUUAGAUCAGGGUCGCCAGUCUGAGAAGCAGGUUGGGGGCUUUGCCUGCUGCUCCAGUCCCUUCCACCUACCCGCUGGGAUUAAGACGACUGGAGCAGUUGCUACUUUCCAAGCUUUCUGUAGCCUGGGAUUACCCUGGUUUUAGAAAGGUGCAAGAAGCAGUGGGGAGGUAGGCAGCUGCAGUCUGAAUGCUUGUACUGCUCCCUCUCCCUGAAACAUGUUUCUAGCAGUGGAAAAUGUCUACCGUUAGAAAUUAAUGCCUGUUUGUGGCUGAAGACUGUUGAGGGAGGUUCUGUUUUAAACCUGCAAGUACUCCAGUAGAAAAAAUGUGAUAAAAUCUGAGGUUGACUUUACCCAAGGGAAGUCAUUUAGUUUACUUAAGAUGAGCUGACACUGCUGUAUGUUUGUAUAUAUUGUUGCUUUACUCAAAAGACCUUCUUAACAUCCAUUUGAACAGUGAAUGUGGGGAGAGAGCCCUAAAAAGCAUUAUUUUUGUGACAGUACCUCAGAUCUGUUACACUUGCACAUGAUAAUUUACGGGUACAGUAUGUCUUCUAAAGUACCAGAGCCUUUGCACACUCCCAUGCUUCUAGAUGUUCAUUGACUGCUUGAUUACUAGAAUAUUUUGAGUGAAGAACACAAUGCAACUUGGACUUCUCCUAAAUUUGAAAAAAAUGCUUAGUUGUUAAAUUAACUGUAAAGUAUUCCGAGCUCUGAAAAGUAUUCUGAGCUAUGCUUCCAUUUUCAUGAGUUGCUCCCUGAUUAUUCAGCCCUAAUUUAUGCUAAAUCAGAAUACUUUAGUCUCUUCUAAGAUUGUACCUAUCAGUGUUAGUGGAUUCUCCACCUGCAACUUCACAUCUUGUUGGGUCAGUCAGCGAUCCCACAAGAGAAUCUGCACCGCUCAUGGCAGUCAGUGGAGGAUGCUGCUUCGACAUCAGAAGUGGCAUGUACUUGUCCUGUACUUGUUCUUAGCUGCCACCUGACAGGGAGAACCAUAGCGAAAUUGAAAGACGCCGGAGAAAUAAGAUGACACAAUACAUCACUGAGCUGUCUGACAUGGUACCCACCUGCAGUGCGCUGGCCCGUAAACCUGACAAGCUGACAAUUCUCCGAAUGGCUGUUUCUCACAUGAAGUCUAUGAGGGGCACUGGAAAUAAGUCUACUGAUGGAGCAUAUAAACCUUCUUUCCUAACAGAGCAGGAGCUGAAACAUCUUAUCCUGGAGGCUGCAGAUGGGUUCCUGUUUGUGGUUGCAGCUGAGACGGGAAGAGUGAUUUACGUAUCGGAUUCGGUUACUCCCGUGCUGAACCAGCCCCAGUCAGAAUGGUUUGGCAGCACUCUGUAUGAGCAGGUUCAUCCAGAUGACGUGGAAAAACUGCGAGAACAACUGUGUACAUCCGAAAACUCUAUGACAGGACGAAUUUUGGACUUGAAAACUGGAACGGUAAAGAAGGAGGGUCAGCAGUCUUCAAUGAGAAUGUGCAUGGGGUCGAGGCGUUCUUUCAUUUGCAGGAUGAGGUGUGGAAAUGCUCCUUUGGAUCACUUACCUCUGAACAGAAUAACCACCAUGAGGAAAAGAUACAGGAAUGGGCUAGGCCCAGUAAAAGAGGGAGAAGCACAGUAUGCUGUCGUCCAUUGCACUGGAUACAUCAAGGCCUGGCCACCAGCAGGAAUGACUAUCCCUGAAGAAGAUGCAGAUGUGGGGCAAGGUAGUAAAUACUGCCUUGUGGCAAUAGGGCGGCUUCAGGUAACUAGCUCUCCGGUGUGCAUGGAUAUGAAUGGAAUGUCCGUCCCUACGGAGUUUUUGUCCAGACACAACUCUGAUGGAAUAAUCACGUUUGUUGAUCCAAGAUGCAUUAGUGUGAUUGGCUACCAGCCUCAGGAUCUUCUGGGGAAAGACAUACUAGAAUUCUGCCAUCCGGAAGAUCAAAGCCAUUUGAGAGAGAGUUUCCAGCAGGUGGUGAAACUGAAAGGCCAAGUCCUAUCUGUGAUGUAUCGUUUUCGUACCAAAAAUCGGGAAUGGAUGUUGAUCAGGACCAGCAGCUUCACUUUUCAGAAUCCUUAUUCUGAUGAGAUUGAAUACAUAAUUUGCACCAACACUAAUGUUAAACAACUUCAGCAACAGCAAGCAGAGCUUGAAGUGCAUCAGAGGGAUGGGUUGUCAUCUUAUGACUUAUCUCAGGUGCCUGUUCCAAGCAUACCAGCUAAUGUUCAUGAGGGUGGAAAGUCAGUGGAGAAGCCAGAUGCAAUCUUCUCCCAGGAGAGGGAUCCUAGGUUUGCUGAGAUGUUUGCAGGAAUAACUACUUCGGAUAAAAAAAUGAUGGCCUCAGCAUCCACUGCAGGAAACCAGCAGCUCUACUCCCAAGGAAGCCCAUUUCAGCCGGGACAUUCAGGAAAGGCUUUCAGCUCAUCUGUGGUACAUGUCCCUGGUGUGAAUGAUAUCCAAUCAUCUUCUUCAACAGGCCAAAAUCUGACCCAGAUAUCUCGCCAGUUAAAUCAGAGCCAAGUUGCCUGGACUGGGAGUCGCCCACCAUUUCCAGGACAGCAAAUUCCAUCACAGUCUGGCAAGGCUCAAUCAUCACCCUUUGGGAUUGGAACCAGCCAUACCUAUCCAGCUGAUCCGUCCUCAUACAGUCCACUUUCGAGCCCAGCCACCUCUUCCCCAAGUGGCAAUGCCUACUCCAGUCUAGCAAACAGAAGUGCAGGGUUUGCUGAAAGUGGUCAAAGCAGUGGACAGUUCCAAGGGAGACCUUCAGAAGUCUGGUCCCAAUGGCAAAGCCAGCAUCAUAAUCAGCAAAGCAGUGACCAACACUCUCACCAGCAGCCCAGCCAGACUGAAGUGUUCCAGGAUAUGCUGCCUAUGCCGGGGGAUCCUACCCAGGGUACUGGCAAUUACAACAUUGAAGAUUUUGCUGAUUUGGGCAUGUUUCCACCAUUUUCUGAGUAAUUCACGAAACAGGAAGAAAAGCCCUCUGACAUGCAGUUCUGCAAGACCAUUUCAGUGUAUUGUUGGCUCUGCUUUUUCUGUGUUGCAUUACUUGUAGAAGCUACUAAACAAGAAGUCACGUCUCUCAUGUUUCAGAUAGAGAUGUAGGAGCUCGCUUUCUCCUCCUUUCAGGGCAUGACUGCUGCCAAGGGAGAGACAGGACUAGUUGGUGCCCAUUGACAGAUCCAUAUUUUUAUUUUCUUGCCAUCUACCUCAGAGAUGAAAAACUUUGCUUGAUUGUGAAAAAUCUCUGAGUCUUAAAUAUUUGAAUGUGAAUGAUCGCUAGUAUUCCCUUUUGAAUGGUAAUUUUUAACUAGAUAAUGAAGUAACAAAGACUAACAAAGUGAAGGUAAGGUAACGUCGUGUUACAGUGCCAAUUUUUCCAUUUCAAUGCCUUGCUUUCAACUUAAGUUUCUGGAAACACUUCAUAUUCUCAUUUUGAUUCCUGUAGUUUUUAAGGCCAGCUUGAAUGUGUGAUUAUACAGCAUAAUAUAAUCUUCUCUGACUGGAAGAUUCAGCGCCUUUUUUAUUUUUUACUUAACCCAGUUAAACUUGAAUGUGUGUACAUUUUAGUACUGUAUAUAUAUCUUGUGCUGUAUUAAGUGAUUUCCUGUACUGGUUUCUUUUGACCUAUGAAAUGGUUGAUUCUGGAGUGUUCUAAAAAGGGUAACACUACAUGGGGGGAUUCAAACAUCGUUGCAUUCUCAAUCACUUUACCUGUUAACUCAGGUAAUUCUGAUGUAGCCCAUACAUUUACUUACACAAACUCUUACUCCUGUUUUUGCACUGCUAAAUGAGGCCUAUUUUUCUAUAAUUUUCUCAUGAGCUGCUCUUUUUUUUUGUUGUUGCCUUUAGCUCUUACAUUCCCUGAGAGAAUUGUUUGUAAAAAUUACUAUAAAACAUAUCAAGAAUAUGAUUUCCGCACAAGCUACAUUUCCUUUCUGUGAACUUUUUUUUUCAUACUGUGAAAUGUCACAUUUUUACAGUCACAAAUGAUGACCUGUUACAACAAAAUCCUUCAAGCUCAUUUCCAAGAGCAAUAAGCCACUUUGUUCCGUUGUCGCACAGUGCUGUUAAAUCUAAUUUGUAGCAGGUAUCAAUCAGGUUGGUACCUGCAGUGAAGUUAACUUCAUUUUUUGCUUGCAUUCUGACUUGCUCAGCAUCUCCCUGUUUUGGCAGGUUUUCAAUUUUGCUGAUCAUUUAAAAGAAUUGACCUCAGUGAUGCAUGUUUCUCUGUGAUAUUACGGUCUGUGACUUCAGUUUUGCUGGCUGAUGUCCCUGUCCAUCUAAAAUUUGCUGGACAUUCCUUGUGUGUGUGUGCACAUGUACACUUCUUGAUUACAGGGACCUUAGAAAAAUGACGAUUUAAGACCAAGCAAUCCUUAUUUGGGAGAAAAAUCAUCCAGGGACAACAAAAUAGUUCAGCAUUCACAGUCAUGAAGUUUUUGUGACAACCUUUGAGGUGUGAGAGGUUGCAGGCAGUCCUCUUGGAAAGGAAGAGGUGCCAGCUGCCUGAACUGGUGAAAGUAUUAGGAUUCACACUGGGUCUCUAGACCCAGGAGGCCAGAGUGAAAUACCUAACAACAAUGUGUUUCCACAGUGAUUUCCCCACACAUGCACUACCAUUUGCCUGGCCCCUUGAGGCUGACUCUCAGUCUAGAGGUACCUUACAGCAGUCCUUACUAGGUCAGAAAUAUCUCAUGAAGGGAAUCCCUGAAGUCUCCUAGAUAGACAGUGCCAUAAAGAGCAGCGCUGUCUAUAACCCGUGGCCCAAUCUGACCACGUAGGUUUUGUACGGAGACCUAUGCUCUUCAGUUUGAUCAAAACCAACUUCUACAGACUUUCUGCAGCUGGCUCCCUUCCCCCCCCUAUUUCACUGCACUUAGUGUAGCAGAUAAUACAGUAACCAGUGAGAGUAUUUCCUGCCAUUUUUCUCUUCAUUUAAUUCUCUGGGAUCAAUCCUGAGCCCUACAUGCUAAUGGGGGGACUUCUUCAUUAAAAAAAAAGACUCUAGUUCAAACCUAAAUCAAGUAUUACAGAGGCCUCAGAUCUCUGGUCUAGGCUUGCCUGACCAAAGUUGUAAUUAUUUAAAAAUGGGUACGUCUUCUCCAGUUCCAAGUCAGGAGGGGAAGUUCUCACCUAGCUGAAUAAACCGUGCACUUAAAGUAUAUUUAUUUUAAUACCUGGAUAUGUAUUCCCUUGAAGCCUUCCCACUCCAUCUGCACUGCUUGAAUAAAGAAGUGUUACUGAAUCAGCCUAAAGCUGCUCCACUCUGUAGUGAGCUGAUCAGUGGGAUUCACUGACCUCAGUAAAAGAUGCUUGCGCUCCACAGGUGGUUGCUCAGGUGAGGUGAGAUAUUUGCAUCUGGACAGUAGAGAGUAACAGGAAAAGGAGGAAUAGAGAAUCCUGGGUGUGCAACAGAUGUCAUCAUGGGGGAAGAGAGGGUGGACUUUCAAUUUCUAUCUCUGUACAUAAUGCACUUGACAUGAUGAUAAACUCUGUACUUUUAAUGUUUGAAAGUUACGUUUCUCCGUAAAGUGAGAAAUGAAUGGAAAAACUGUUUCUAUGCUGUAAUCUUCCUGACACAUUGUUCUAAGUAUAUAUAUGUAUAAAUUUACAUAUGUUCCUGAAUUCAAUUUAAAAGUUUCUAUUUAUGAAAAUUGCUUUUCUUUUCCCAGUCCCAGGCCAGUUCAGUUUCUCUAUGUAUCAUUGUCCUUUUAUAGUACACCCAUGUAGAAGGGGGCUUAUCGUAUUCUAUAUUUGAUAGUGCCAGUAAAAAAAAUUUUUGACUAAAAAAAGUUCAAGCAUGUCAGGUGUUUUGCAAGCAGAGCAUUGCCCAUUUGAAGCCAGUAUACCUAGCCCUACUUGGACUGCUUCUUGUCCAGUAUCCCUUCUGGGCACAAAAGGUAAUUGCUAUAGUGUUAAAGGCCAGUCUUGGAAUAGUGUUAGGCUUUCUCCCAUUUCUUCACUUUGAGGCAUUAUAAUUCCCUUUUUAUCUUCUGAUAUACUGAGCCAGUGCUUUCUCCACUCUCCUUGCCUGCCUGCCAGAUGAUCCCUCUACCUACAGGAUAUUUAUAGCACUUUCCCUCUGAUGGGAGGGCAGGUGUGGAGAGUGUUUUUUCUGAGGGUGCAAUGAAGCCAGCAAGAGGGGAGCACUUAGAGAGCAUUAUGACUGGCAGCCUUAUUGAGACCAAGCAAAUAGGCAGCAUUCACAGUUGCAUCUGCGUUUACUGCCUUACAGUAGCAAGUGCUGCCUUCAUAGUGCUGAGUAGCUCCUGUGGAAUAUUGUCGCCUCAGUCCCAUUCUUGCCGUAGCUAGAGUUGUUUAGCAUUUAGCUGAGCUACACUUUUUUGUUGCAUAUUUUGAUGAUAGUAAAGCAACAUGCAUAUGUAAUUACUGAAGUGAUGGCAUUUUUAUUUUGCAGUUAGUGCAACUGCUGCAGCACUUCUGCUGUCAGUGAGUUAGAGUUUGCAGAUUUCUUGUGCAGACAGUUUUAUUCUCUGCAUGUAAAGUUGUGACUUCUGAUCAGAUUGUACUGCAAACUCUAUUUCAUAAAAGAGUGAGAAAUAUAUAGAACUGAAGCAUUCUGCUUUUUACAGAUUGAAGGAGUAGCUACACACAAUACUUCAACAACCUGUUAUUUCAGUUAGUUGGCAUAGACUGAGACCAUUUUAGGAUACUGAAGUCUUUACUUAUUCAUACAAUUAAUCAAGUUUAUUGACUGCAUAUUUAACUGGAGUAACUCCAUGGCAUUCAUUGUUAUUGGCACUCCUGAUGGUGCCUCCUAACCAGAAGUGUCCAUAAGUAGUUUUGUUGCCUUCUUUUUCUUGGAGUACAUUACAAAACUGUAAAUACUUUUUGCAGUACUGCCUUUUUAACUCCUAAUUACUUUGGGCGCAGUGUUAUAUAGUGUUGGAAUUACCCAAUUGCUAUGACAUAUAUUUUUAUACAUAGGUGUACUCUUUUUUUGAGAGUAGUACAGCCAUUUAAUCAUUAAUGCCUUAUAUCAGUGUCAUACCGCUGUUGCUCUUUGUUUGGUUUGUCUGUGGGAUAUCCAGUGGACUAAUUUUUAGGUCAAAUAUUUUCACUUUCAUAACAGUGCUCAAGUUGGAUUAAUAGGA